AUGAACACUCAAUAUGUUUCUAACUUCGAGAUCCCACAAAAUACCAACAAAGACACUGCUACUUUCAAUGACUGGAUGUUUCAACAAUACGAUAACCCAUCAACUGUUGUGUCUUCAUUCCCAGGCAUGAACAAAAAAAAUGUCUUCGAAACAGAAGAUUCUCCUUCUUCAUCCACGUGGUUUGAACCACUGGAAGCCAUUCUGUCUUCUGCUACUUCGUCAUCCACGGGAUCUCCUAUAUCCACCGCUUCGUUAUCGGAAGUGAAGUUAGAACCAAAGGACGAUUCCUUCGAAUUCACCUUGAAUAAGAUAUUAGAACAAGAAAAGUUGAAGCAAGAGACGGAAACAGAGACGGAUACGGAGACCGACACGUUGAAAACAAGUGUGAAAGAAGCUGUAGUGAUACCGAAAAGAUCUAAAAACUCCGGCACUGGUAAAAGACAAUUAACAGAACACCAAAAACAAGCUCAUAACAAAAUUGAAAAAAAAUAUAGAAUAAACAUCAACACAAAGAUCUCCAAGUUGCAGCAAAUCAUACCUUGGUUAGCAACCGAAGAGACCACAUUUUCCUGUCAGUUGGAUGAUAAUGGCAAAUGCUCAAACAAGGAAUCUGCUUCAAACAUUAAAAAACCACGAUUAAAUAAAAGUAUGAUUUUAGAGAAGGCUAUUGAUUAUAUUCUUUAUCUACAAAACAAUGAAAGAUUAUAUGAAAUGGAAGUAAUGAGAUUAAAAUCUGAGUUAAGUCAAUAUAAAUCAUGA